ACGGACAUCGUUGCUCGUCGUCGGGUUAGUGGUUUAUUUUUUUUAACCUACCUAGUUCGUUCCGUCUGAUUGCGUUCUGAUAUUUUGUUUUAUUUCGUGGACAUUUUAGUUUAGUAACGUUUACUUUAGUUUGAUACGGUAGCAAUUCAUUGCUAAAAAGUGACGAGAAAAUGGCCAGCCUAAGACUGAUUGGAACAUCUAUGCAGCGUAAUCUGACCUUUGCCCGGUCGAUUAAUUUCAGAGGAAACACUCCAAUGCUGCAAAGCCGCUUCCUGGCCAGUGCCCCAGAAGGAAAACACAUUAAAACCAAGAUCGUCGACAAUGUGCUGGUUGUCACGUUGGACUCACCCAAUGUGAAGAUGAACUCCCUCGGAGCCGAAGUGCAGGCCGAAUUCGAUGCCGUCUUCCGUGAUUUGGAAACCAACCCCGCUGUCAAUUCCGCCGUUGUGAUCUCCGCAAAACCAGGAUGCUUCGUCGCAGGCGCCGACAUCACUAUGCUGGAGAAGUGCAAGAGCGCCGAGGAGGCAACCAAAAUUUCCCACGACGGUCAACUGAUGUUCAAUAAGUUGGAAAAAUCGCGCAAACCUGUGGUGGCUGCCAUCAAUGGUGUUUGCUUGGGCGGUGGACUGGAGCUAGCGUUGGCAUGUCAAUAUCGUAUCGCCGUGAAAGAUAAGAGAACAAAUCUGGGUUUACCAGAAGUUAUGCUUGGGCUACUCCCUGGCGCUGGUGGCACUCAAAGGCUACCAAAAUUAAGUUCGAUCCCCACAGCACUAGAUCUGGCUCUCACAGGAAAACAUGUUAAGGCCGACAAGGCCAAAAAGCUGGGUAUUGUGGAUUUGCUUGUAACCCCAUUGGGACCUGGUUUGAAGACUGCCGAGCAAAAUACUAUCGAAUAUCUCGAGAAGGUUGCUAUCCAAACAGCUAAGGACCUAGCCUCUGAUAAGCUCAAAGUCAACAGAAAGAAAACCGGCUUGGUGAAUUCAGUCAUGGACUUUGCUUUCUCGGUCGACUGGGUCAAGGAUAAAGUUUUCGGCAAGGCUCGGGAGCAGGUUAUGAAGCUAUCUGGAGGACUGUAUCCUGCACCGCUUAAGAUUCUCGACGUUAUUCGAGUUGGCGUCGAUAAAGGUUUCGACGCUGGAUCUGAAGCGGAACGCAAGGGAUUCGGUGAGCUAUCACAAACACCCCAAUCGAAAGGUCUCAUCGGAUUGUUCCGUGGACAAACCGAAUGCAAAAAGAACCGUUUCGGCAGGCCAGCCAAUCCACCAAAGAACAUUGGUGUCUUGGGAGCAGGAUUGAUGGGGGCUGGUAUCGUUCAGGUGAGCAUCGACAAAGGAUAUCAAGUAGCUUUGAAGGACACAACCGAGGCUGGUCUUGGUCGGGGUAUUGGCCAGAUCCAAGGUGGUCUGCAGAAUGCUAUCAAGCGUAAGAGAAUUAGCGGCAUCGAGAAGGAUCAGAUUUUGUCCAAUCUAAAUGCUACUCUUAGCUAUGAUGCCUUCAAGAAUGCAGACAUUAUCAUCGAAGCAGUAUUCGAAAAUAUUGACAUCAAGCAUAAGGUUAUCAAAGAGUUAGAGCAAGUUGUUCCCAAGCACUGCAUCAUCGCGACCAACACCUCAGCUAUUCCUAUUACGAAAAUUGCCGCCGGCAGUUCGCGACCAGAAAAUGUUGUCGGAAUGCACUACUUCUCUCCGGUAGAUAAAAUGCAAUUGCUCGAAAUCAUCACUCAUCCGGGAACCUCGAAGGAGACCGCCGCUGCCGCUGUUGAAGUUGGACUGAAGCAAGGCAAGGUAGUUAUUACAGUUGGAGAUGGUCCAGGAUUCUACACGACUCGCAUUCUCUCCACUAUGCUGUCGGAAGCAAUCAGACUGCUUCAAGAAGGUGUAGACCCGAAGGAUCUUGACAAGAUGACCAAAUCCUUUGGAUUCCCGGUGGGUGCAGCCACUCUGGCCGAUGAAGUCGGUAUCGAUGUUGGAGCGCACAUUGCUGUCGAUUUGUCCAAGGCAUUUGGCGAGCGCUUCAGUGGUGGCAACCUCGGCGUAAUGGAGGAUAUGGUCAAGGCCGGCUUCAUGGGACGUAAAUCCGGAAAGGGUGUGUUUGUGUACCAGGGAGGUAAGAGCAAGAACCGCGAAGUAAAUCAAGCUGCUCUGGCUAUCCUGAAGGAGAAGUAUUCCCUCCAAUCGCGUGGCGCCAACAGUGUUGAAGAUAUGCAACUGCGAAUGGUUUCGCGAUUCGUGAAUGAAGCGGUGCUGUGUCUCGAAGAGAAGAUCCUGGACAGCCCGCUGGAAGGUGAUGUUGGUGCUGUGUUCGGCCUCGGAUUCCCGCCAUUCACCGGUGGACCGUUCCGUUGGGUGGAUCAAUACGGUGCUGGCAAGCUGGUGGACAAAAUGCGAACGUAUGCCGAUCUCUACGGGGCUCCAUUCCAACCAGCACAGAUUUUGGUUGACAUGGCGAAGGAUCCAUCGAAAAAGUUUUACCCUAGCAAGUGAGACGGGGUGGAGCUAAGCUGUAAAUUAAUUUAGAUCUAUUUAAGCUGGGGUACUACCGAAUGAAGGUUGGAUUAUUGUUAUGAAAUCCCAUUGACAUUCGAAAAACGAAAUACCUGCCUGAGCAUACUUUAAGGUCCCAUUUUUGUGGAUUUCUAUUUGUUUUCUGUUGUUUGUUUUGUAUGCAUUUUCUUUAUUUGAUAAAAAAAAAUCACUCUGUUUAGACAAUCA